AUGAGGACGCUCCGAGACGCUCACGCCCUGUCACCACUAGUGAAAAUCGUACUACAAAACAUGGCCAAGCUGCUAAAUUUGGAUGAGGAAUACUUCACGAACAAGUUCGCCGACACGUCCUAUACCCUAGUUGGCUUCAACUACUACCCUCCGUGUCCCAAGCCGGACCAUGACUUCGGCCUGAGGCCCCAUACUGAUGGUUCGGCAAUCACAGUGAACUUCAUCGAUGCUGACGUUAGUGGGCUCCAGUUUGAGAAGAAUGGCACAUGGUACAACGUCCCCAUCAUUCCAAGUGCAUUGGUUGUGAACAUAGGAGAUGUAAUGGAGAUUCUGAGCAAUGGGAUCUUCAAAAGACUUAUGCACAGGGUUGUAACCAAUACGGAGAAAGAGCGCUUGUCAUUGGCGAUGUUCUAUUCAUUGGACAUGGAGAUAGAUAUUGAGCCGGUGCCGGAGCUGUUGGAUGAUAGGUGGUCACCACAUACAUGAAGAUAAAGAACAAGGACAACAUAGCAAAACCACUAGUGGGGACGGG